GCAUCCCCCGGGCUCCUUUCCUCCCAUGCCCUGUCCCCUCCCAUCCCCUCAGCACCUUCCCGCCCGUAUCCUGUUUCCCUCCACCCCACCAUCCCCUGGCUUCUUUCCUCCCGUGCCCCAUUGCCCUCCAUGGGCCAUCCCUCUCCUCCCAGUUUGGUCUGGCCAUACUCUGGGGCUGCCCCUGACCUGUAGCUGCCCAUGGGAAGGGAUGGGGGUGCACCAUGCGGGGCUCAUGCUGUGAGGAUGCAGGUGAGAUCACACCUGGCUGUCAGAGAGGCAGGUGCUCUGAGGGUCUACACUGCAGCCUCUUACCCAGGUGAUGGGGGUUGGGGGCCAGGCUGGGCUCCCCAACACUCUGUCUGCAAGGGUCAGCCAGGGGGGAAAUGGUGACAAGACUCAUUUAAUGUAAACAAUACCAGCAUCCUUUGUAUUUCCUCUGCAGUCUCCCGGGCGGGCCCUGUGGCAAGGCCUGGCUGAGCCUCUCAAGGCACCGCUGGGCUGAGCACACAGCUGCGGGGACUUCCCCCCCCUCCAAGCUUAGUGGGACCGAACACUCCUUCCACUCAGCCCCUUGACCAGCCCCUAGCACCUAGCCUGCAGGGAUGGCUGGGGCAGACUCCAUCCUGUAAACUCACCCCCAGCUGCUCCCGUCCUCCCCUGGUCUGGGUGCGGGAGAGUCCGGGGGGGCUUUUGUCUGCCCCCAUUGGCACCUUUAGAGGUGGCUUCCCAAAUCUCUCACCCCUUCUGCCCCAGGCCAGAUCCUGGGCCUUGCUAGGCACCAUGCUUUCCUCCUCAGCUGCCUCUGAGAGCCGAUCCCUCUGCCACCACUUAGCACUGCUGCUGUUGGUCUUGUGCCACAGAGAGUGCCAGGCUAGGGCAGCUGCCAGGAGGGAAGGGAGGGAGGCAGGCAGACCACAUGCAGCUGGCACUUCCAUGGGGAGAAUUGUCCUGCAAGGCUCAGGAUCUGGCAUCCUCAGGACCUGGGUUAAGAAGAAGAGGUAGGAGAUCAACAGAGGGGAACACCAGCUGUGGGAGUGUAGAGCCUUUUUCUUCCUUGUCUCCCCACAGUGACCAGUACCUACUGCCUCAUACCUCUUCCUGGCCAUGCUGGAGAUGUUUGGGGAGGUGAUGCUGUAUUGGGCCUUGAGUCUCUUCAUGGGGUGGCUGGCCCAGAUAUUUCAGAGCUUGCAGCUGGAGCGGGAAACGUGCCUGGCUUCGAACCAUGCCCUGGCCAAGGAGAACCUGUCCCUGCGGCCGCGGCUGGAGAACGGCAAAGCCUCACUGGCCAUAAAGUACCAGGAGCUGCGGGAGACAAAGGAGGCGUGUCAGGAAAAGCAGCAGCGAGUGGAGACCUGCCUGAGGAAGUGGAGCCCGCAGAGCGCACUGAGCCAACUCCAAGCUGCUCUGGAUGCAGCCGAGGCGGAGUCGGAGGCACAGGUGGAGAUGUUUCUGGGCCGGGAGCUGCCCCUGGAUGCCUUCCUGGAAUUCUUUCAGGAGAGCCGGAUGCUGUCCCAUCUCCGCAGGACACAGAUGGAGAAACUGGAGCAGCUCCUGCGGAAGGAGAAGCAGCCCAGGUGGCUCCCCACAUGCUGCGAGGGGCAGCGAGCUGCCCCACUGAGCCCAGCCCGAGCCCAAGUUGCCCUGGUGCAAAAUGCAACCUCUCCCAAGAUGUUCCAGCUCCGCUAUGGCUAUACACCUGCCCUGCUGGUCCCUUCUGACGCCAUCAUACCAUUCCCUGUGCCUGUUGCCCCUCCCAGCCGAAACCUGCCUCCCCUGACCUCUUGCUCAGGCCAGUCGCCACCGUCUCACUCCAGCAUCCCAUGCUUGGGCUCCCCUCUGCGUCUGAUUAGACACAUCCCCCUGCUCAGCCCGCGGCCUUUCCGCAUGCAGCAUGCGCACCAGUCUUACCCACAGAAGCAGGAGCCGCCCCACCGGUAGCUGUUGGGGCGAUGAGAUGUCCUCAGACCCGAGUCCUUGACACAGCAGCCGACCAGUGCACAUGAGCUCCCUGUGCUAGAGAAUAGAUGUGAACCAAACACAGCCCUUGCCCGCUGGGCGGCUCGAAGGCGUUGUUCACUCCCACCCUGCAUUCUCAGGAAGCCUCCAAGGGGCGCUGCAAUGAACUGCUCCAGGAUGCAGCUCGCAGUGGGGUCUGUGUGGCUGCCACGUGGUCAGAGGGGGAGCGUCAGAGGCAGCCUGGAAGGGGCUAAUUACAAUGGGCAGAUGUUGCACGGGGGCAGCAGGCUAAGGGGAGUUCAAGCUGGGGCGAGGGGGGGUUGUCAGAUGGCAGUGUCAGUGGGCGCUCAGCAGGCCUGUGUGGGUUGGGGGAUAUACAGCGUGGGGGGCUGGCUGGCAGAUUACAGGCACAGGGCAGGAUCCCAGCUGCCCUGCAUGGGUUGGAGGUAAAUGGGAUGAGAG